AUGGGCGACCAUGGUGACCGUGGCCAUCUUGGGCUUUAUCCUCGCUGCGGCCUCUUCUUUGGAAACCAGGAUUCGACCUCGUAUCGUGGCCAUACCCGGCCUUUCCCCUUCCCGCAACAAGGCUACAGCCGUACAAGGAUCGAUGGCUAUUUGCUAUGUCGCCGUCCUGACUGCUAUCGCUGCGCAGCUUCGCCCGAGUUCGUUCCAGUCCACCAAGAGUGCUUCGAGAUCUUUCGGCAGCGAUGUUCGGUCCCGGAUGCCUUGCAUCGCCUCUGGGUCUUGGCCGCUUGGAGAAGUCCGUGGCGCCGAGCCCAGCCCAUCAAUUUCUCAAACAGCCUGGUCGACGUGCCGAUUUUGAGGACGAUAUGCCAACUUUGCGGAUUGCCGCCUCUGCACACAUUACCGCAGGAGAUACUUGAGAUAAUUCGCCAUUACUCCGAACAUCUGCUGCUGUGGAGAUGUGAUCCAGUUUUUCGAGUAGCCGCCCAAAUCUCAGCUACAGCUCCCGAGCCUCUCCUCACAGUUCCUCUCUGCAACCUCCAUUCCUGGGAGCGUAAUGGGAUGCUCCAACGUGUCACGGCAUCUCAGUCGCCCCUCCCAACGCUAAGGUUAACCAUCGACUCUAGCGGCAUUAGCAAGGUCGAACGCCUUCUUGAUCGGCCGAAGUACAAAGGGGAGUGUACCAGUCGGUUCGUAUUUAUCGUCAUACAAGACGACUCCGCCGUGGGAGUCAAAGCACAACUCAAGGAUGGAUGCUUGCGUCUUGUAUUCCCACACCGGCCCUCUUUUCAACUCUGGAAUACACCUACCCCACCAAGUCUCGCUCUUUGUCGAGCAUACCCCGCCGAUAUUACUCGCUGCCAAAAUUUUCAUGCCGUUGAAAUGGACAAGAUAACUGGCCUUACCUUCUUUUUCUCUGGCGGCUGCUUGUUCGGCAUUCACGUUCAUCGCCUCCGAGGAUCUAGCGCCAUAGACUCUUACAUUCGGGCUUUCUCCAACCGACGACGCCGAAGUAUUGUUUGGCUCUAUGUACCUAUCUCAACGAGAGAUCGUCUCCUUCUUAUCGGCAUCCGAGAGGGGCUACAGAGCCGGACCCAAAGCAUUGUUAUUCGGACCAAGCUCGUCGGUGACGUCUUUGUCGGUAUGCAAUGGAAUGGCACUGUCAGGGAUAGCAGCCUGGGUGCCUCCCCUCCGUUGACAAUGGUCUACGGUGAACCGAAGGAAGGCAACCCGGUUUCCUUCUUCGCAGCAUACUGCAGAACACCGGCUGAUACAGGUCUCUCCAAGCCGUUUCGCUUGCCAAACCCGUAUGGUAGUCCUCUCGGCGACGAGGCCUACUUCUCAUGGGCCCCGCUAAGUGGCGUUUCUUCAACGCUGGUCUUUUAUGACAAGAGCAAUGGGGCUUGUAGAGGCAUUCUCCUCCGUUACGAAAAUGGGGGUUCCCGAGCCGUUGGCCAGUGCCGCCUCCAAGUAGACCCUACAGAGGAAGUCGCUCAACCAGUCCGGUUUUGUUUCCGUGUCGAUUCAUGUCCUGGGCGCUUUAACCGCGAUCAUUAUAUAGCGCGUGCGAAGUUCAAACAAACCCGUCAAGCUUGUGAGACGGUGGAAGACGAGGCAUGGGAGUGUCGUCAGUUGGAGGGUUUGAUUAAGUUCUGGUUCACCCCUGAAUCAUGUUUUAUAGCCAUCGACGAUCGCAUUGGAGUUUGA